AUGUUUAUUCAAAACAAGAUUUUAUCUUUUACGUGUGCAGCUUUGGCUGCCGUGAGCUUUGUACAUGCUGCUGCUCAAUGGCCAGACAGUUCUAUCAAAGCACCAAUCGACUUUAAAGCAUUCUAUUUAUCUCCUGAUAAUACCUGCAACGUGGAAAUCGUCUUCAAACGCGAUAUCAACGAUGGCAAAUACGAUUAUUAUACUUUCGGUAAAUUUUCGUCAGGUGAACAAUACCUCUCGCAAACUGUGAUUCAAAAUGACCGUAAUCAACCUUUUGCGGUGGUGAAUGCAACUGCUUCAGGUCAACGAGGAGCUUAUGAUUUGUUGAAUGGCUAUACACUUUUACCUUUUAAGAUCACGCCAUGUUAUACGGGCGCAAAAGGUACAGCCACAGGAUUCAUCAUCAAAGCAUUCAAACAAGGUCAAGACCCGUUAAAAGCAACGCCUUUCUGGACUUCAGAUUCGUUUUCGGUUGUUGACAAUCAGAUCGUCCCGAUGGGUGGCGGCGUUAGCAGUUUGUCCGCAACGCACAAAGGCAACACGAUCACUGUUAAAUGGGCAACUGAGGCAACGAAUAUUGCUGGCUUCUAUGUUAUCGUGGGACAAAGUGGUGCAAGUAAGCUCUACAGCAAAUGGGUUACUAACCCAUCAGCAAGGAGCGUUGACGUGAUUGUGGAUGGGGACGCAUCAACUUAUCAAGCCACUGUGAACUUGCAAGAUACGAAAGGCGCGGUUGUCAAUCCAACGUCUUGCGCUCAAGUAGCUGUGCAAUAA